CACAUGAUUAGGGUGUUUCCCAGUUGCACCUAUGUUCGUUUGUUUGUAACAGGUAAAGCAAGAAGGAUUGGGAGUGACUGUGGAGAGCUGUAAUGAAAUUGUACAUGGAGCAAACUAAAAGCAUUUUAAUGUUGGUGAACCGCUGUUGAGAAGAAAAAUAAAAAUAAGCGCACGUUUGGCCCACAAGACUUUAAUCUUGCUAGGUUUCUGCAUUUUGAGCAAAGACUUUUUAAACUAAUAAACACGAAAGAAGUGACACCGACCCGUGUAGGAGGAAGCCAUUUAAAAGACAAAUGGCACCCGUUUAACUCUUUGUAAGCCUGGAAGUUUGGGUUUAAGUCAAAAGUUUAUUUUAUUUUUUUUUUUUUUUUAAAAACGUUUGACAUGUCGCAUGUGAUGAUACAUUGUUACAUGGUGUUGGAGUUUUAAGACCUUUAUACCACUUUCGCCUAAAAUUAGUUUUGGAUUUUCCCAGAGGAAUUCUGACCAAGUAAAACUACAAAGAGACAUAUCGACAUAUUUUUCCGGGAUUCAGUUACGUUUAAAACUAAUCUGGGGUUGAAAAAAAGAAAGAAAAAGCUCCUGCCUAAGUCAGAACAAGCUGUGUUUUGCCAGUGAAUCUGGCAAUGUCAAUACAAUUAAUGAGAUCUUGGGCAUGCCAUUUAGCACACGCCCAAUGGCCUGACAGGAUGGUGCGUUUGGUUAAAGAUGAACAGUACUGGUGAGAAAAUGUUAACAAGCACCUUGAUUCGGAAUUCAUCAGCUGCAAGAGUUUUAGGUGACGCAAGCUCUCAGCGUUCAUCUCCUUUUUCAAAUUCUACAGACAUUAGCAAUGCAACAUUGUUACGGUCGGGAAACACCUCCAUCACUGGGGAUCGGCUCUUUCUGAACACAGCGGCGGCUCAAGGGCUGUCUGGGAUCUUUGUGUGGUCAGCACUGCUGCUCACCUGUCACCAGAUCUACAUGCAUCUACGGUAUUACAGCAUUCCGAACGAGCAGCGCUACAUCAUUAGAAUUCUCUUUAUUGUUCCAAUUUAUGCCUUUGACUCCUGGCUCAGCCUUCUUUUUAUCAGCAACGAUCAGUACUAUGUUUAUUUCGACUCGGUACGGGACUGCUACGAAGCAUUCGUAAUUUAUAACUUCCUCAGUCUGUCCUUUGAGUAUCUUGGAGGGGAGAGUGCGAUUAUGUCGGAAAUCAGAGGGAAACCCAUUCAGUCAAGCUGUUUUUACGGAACCUGCUGUUUGGGAGGAAUUAGUUAUUCAAUUGGAUUUCUGCGUUUCUGCAAACAGGCAACCCUUCAGUUCUGUGUUAUCAAACCCAUUAUGGCCGUCAUCACCAUCAUAUUGCAAGCAUUUGGGAAAUACCAUGAUGGAGACUUUAAUGUUAAUGGUGGCUUCCUCUACAUCAGCAUCAUCUAUAACUUCUCAGUGAGCCUGUCGCUCUACUCUCUGUUUCUGUUCUACUUCGCCACCAGUGACCUGCUCCGCCCUUUCGAACCUGUGUUAAAAUUCCUGACCAUAAAAUCAGUGAUUUUCCUCUCUUUCUGGCAAGGUAUGUUGCUUGCUAUCCUAGAGAGGUGUGGUGUCAUCCCUGAAGCCCUGUUAAUCGACGGCCAUGAAGUUGGGGCUGGGACGGUGGCUGCAGGCUGGCAGAACUUUAUCAUCUGUAUUGAGAUGUUCUUUGCAGCAAUAGCACUCCGACACGCCUUCACCUACAAUGUAUACCAGGAGAAAAAGAAUGAAAUGUCAGGUAACAAUGCCCCAAUGCAGAACAUCUCUAGCGGGUUGAAGGAGACGAUGAACCCCAAUGAUAUGGUUCAGGAUGCCAUUCACAACUUCUCCCCUGCCUAUCAACAGUACACCCAGCAAUCCACCCAGGACGUGACAGCCCCCAGCCAGAGCGGGAGGCCUGGGCAGCACCGAACUGUGCACAAGACCAAACGGCCAAAGAAAAAUGACAAACUCGUGCUGAUCACCUCAGAUGAUGAACAGUAGACACUUUGGAGUGUUAUUUUACUGGGUGACUUGAUGCUUUAUCCAAAG